AUGGAUCUUGGUGAUAAUGAGGGUGACGUUAAACAUAGAAAACAAAAUCAAUCAGAAUUAACAAAUAUUAACAGUAACACAUUUAAAAUUAAAGCAAAUAAAAAUGUUCAAAAUAAUAAAGUCAUAGGUUUAGUGUUUAUAUCACUGUUGCUAGAUCUUUUGGCAUUUACAAUGAUAUUGCCACUCUUGCCUUCUUUGCUUGAUUACUACAAUAAAGAGGAAGGAAAGUCAAAUACUGUGUAUACACUAUUACUUUAUAUAGUGCAAAAAUUUCAAAAAUUAACUGGUGCACCUGAUCGAUUUGUAUCAGUUCUAUUUGGAGGUGCUCUUGGCUCUAUGUACAGCUUCUUACAAUUCCUUACAAGUCCUAUAGUUGGUAGUCUCUCAGAUGCUUAUGGAAGAAAACCAAUGCUUUUAAUUUGUUUGCUCGGUAUUGCAUUAUCACAUGGUCUAUGGAGUUCUGCGAGUACAUUUAGCUUGUUUGUACUAGCAAGAUUUAUAGGGGGAUUAAGUAAAGCCAAUGUAAGUCUCAGUAUGGCCAUAGUAACAGAUGCCUCUGAUGAGAAGACCAGGCCUAGAGGAAUGGCUUUGGUAGGUUUAGCUUUUUCUAUUGGAUUCAUAGUAGGACCUCUCGCUGGUGCUUGGUUUGCAAAGAGUAAUGACCUGUGGGGUGAGAGGCCAGCGCAUUAUGCGCUUUUCCUUUCACUUGCAAAUGUUGCUUUAGUCGCAUUCUUUGUACCUGAAACUUUGUCUAAGGACAAAAGAGCACCACUUACUCUAUCUCUUUCUAAGGCGGUAGAUUUCAUAUCUCCUUGGCAUUUAUUAAAAUUCACUGCUGUUAAAAACCUUUCUGUCCGCCAGAACCAAGUAUUAUCUAAACUGGGAUUGAUAUAUUUUAUUUACUUAUUUAUUUACUCUGGUCUUGAAUUCACUAUAACAUUCCUUACACAUCAUACAUUUGGAUACACCGCAAUGCAACAGGGAAAAAUGUUCCUCGUGAUAGGGAUAAUAAUGGCGGUGCUGCAAGGCGGGGCAGCGCGGCGGCUGAGCGCGCGCGGCGCGGAGCGCGCGGCGCGGCUGGCGCUGGCGCUGACGCCGCCCGCGUUCCUGUGCGUGGCGUGCGCGGCCGCGGCGCGCGCGCCCGGCCCGCCCGCCGCCUGGCUGUGGGCGGGCCUCGUGCUGUUCGCUGUUUCGACAGCGUUCGCGGUGUCGUGUAUGACGGCGCAGGCGGCGGCGCUGGCGCCGAGCGCGGCGCGCGGCGCGGCGCUGGGCACGCUGCGCUCGCUGGGCGCGCUCGCCCGCGCCGCCGGCCCGCUGCUCGCCUCCACUGUGUACUGGUGUUCGGGCGCGGCUACAACAUACACAAUUGGUUCAAUCAUAUUAAUACUGCCAGCUUUUAUGCUAUUCCGACUGAAACAAAAAAUGAACAAA